CUUGUAAUCUAGAGUCUGGAACUGGACCUCGCCAGAAACUCCCACUUGAAACAUCAGAAAAUGUUCAGAAUCCCACCAGCAACCAAUACGUCACAUUGGAUAAUGCUCACACGGAGGAACAGGAUACACAAAAGACCAACAUUUGGGCGGGGAGGCCACUGCUAAACGUGUACUUCAUGAAUCCCAACGUUCUCAAGGAGUGGGCGAAUGGGACAACCAUUGGUACUAUCAUGGCCUGGGCCUCUUCUUGGAAUUCUCCCCUCUACAAGCAUAUAUCCCGAGGUUUGAGGAAACCAAUGAUGAUAAAACUGCCGACAUCCGUGUCAUGUUCUCAGAUUCAUCUGGAAGCUGGUCUGCAGUGGGUACUGACGUACAAAAAGUCAAAAAGAUGAAACCAACCAUGAUGUUGGAUCUUGAUCGUUCCUUUAAAAGGUACCUUGUCAUUCACCAGUUUGGACAUGCCCUAGGACUUGAGCACGAGCACCAGCGCACAGACUUCUGGGAUGGUAUCAAAAAGCACAUCGAUACAGAGAAUUGAAGAUGGGAAGUGACAAAAGCACAGGGAACUACACUUCACCGGAGGCCUUCAAAAGAGAUUGGCUGGAAUUGGGGGUGAAAACACACAGGGAAAGUGCUAUUCUCUAUGACCCACAGAGCAUCAUGCACUCGUGGUUUGCUGUCAACUGGCUUAAAGAUCCUAAAUAUCAUGAGCUGGAGAAUGUCAAGAGUGACUCAAGUCUAACAGAUGAUGAGAAGAGGUUUCUGGAGGGUAUUCAUGCAAGGAACAGGAAGUAUGUACUAGCCCCCUCGAAAAGCGACAUUGAGUAUCUUGAAGAGGUUUACAGCCAAAAUCCCAAGGAAGAAUUCAAUGCUAUUGAGUUUGAGAAACUCAUAAAACUGGUUGAUGUGAACAAAAUUAAAGGUAUAUGGCUAAGUACCACUGAUGAGACUGACUCUGAUCAAGCACAGCACACAUGGAGGAAGAUAGCACAGGCUACAGCUGAGGCUAACAUGGAAUUGUUUUGUGAAAUAGUUGAGAGAUGUUGUCUUGCAGUAAGUGAAACCUUGGCUUGACAAUUAGAAUUUCUUGUGGAAAGGACAUUAACACUUGUACUAGAUAGCUUGUGAUUUGUCGUAA